UCAUGGCCAGCCUUGUUUAUCUCCUUCGAUAGCGUGCCUCUCCGCCGAGUCAGACCCUCUGCUUGUUCUAUUGACGUGCCCUCCCUUCAUUUCCUGCCUCUGCGUCGUCAGUCGUGCCUCUGCUCACCUUCAUUCUUCGCCUUCCCUCUCUGUGCUCUCUCUAGCACGUUUGAUUGUUCGUAAACCUUUGAUGAUACUCUCUCGAAGCUCGGCGUAUGAAGCAAUGUUGCUCUGGUUCUGAUUCCUCGCUUACGUUUUUACAGACGCCUGCCAACAUGGCCGGCUUGCGGAGGUGGGAAGACUUGUGAUUAAGGCACUCGAGUUCUCGUGCAGUGUCCUUCUCGCUUCUGCAGAUUGAGCUGCAAGGAGUCACGCUCGAGGGAUGUUGCGGCGCAUUUGUAUAAUGCUCUCUUCGUCAAGUGGGAUUUCGGACUGCCUCUUGUUGAUCGGGUAGGUGGAAAGGUGUCGUAAGCCGGGAGGGGAUCCGGGAAGAGUCCUCUGCAGGCAAGGCAACUCACGAAGAUCGCCUGUGGAGCCUACGAACUGCCGUCAAAAGCUUCGUUCUUCGCGGAAAACGGGCAUGAUCAUGAGGAGUUGUCAAGGGAAGUGGAGGGUUACUGUUCUCGGCGGGAUUGAUGGAGGGCGAGAUCGCUAUGGCGGGCGGGAUGGCUAUGGCGGGCGUGAACGCUAUGGAGCGCGGGAAACCGUCUUCUUCUUCUUCUUAGGUUUCUUGGCAACAGUGUUGGCCAUGUCGGUCGACAUCGCGGAUGCUGUUCCCUCGGCGAGAUUGCUGCGCGAUGAGGCGAUCGGAGGAGAAGAGGAUUGGGAUGUUCUCGGGAGCGCGAGCGUUCGUCUUGUUAACGGCUAUUUAGGACGAGAUACGGCCAGGGAAUCAUCGUCUUCAGGCACGCUGCCCUUCUUGCAUUUCGAUGAUGUCGAGUACUUUCUCUGGGGAGAUCAUCGCGGGAGGCUCCUCGAGGCGGUUGCAAGUUCUGCAGUCGCUUCGGGCUUCCAUUCUGCUGCAGCAUUUGGCUCGGAAUCGAAUGAUGGAGGAGGUGUGGGCUCGCAGCCCUCGGCGCCGGCGGAUCCCAGUUUGGCUCGAACGGGUGGCGGUGAGCGAGCGAGAAUGCCGCCUCCGUCUGUGCCAGGAGGGGCAUCUGUUGAGCAGAGUGCCCCGGCAACUGCUCACUCUUCCAUGCCGAGCCACGGAGGUCCUGUUUCGCAGGCACCGGCAAGCGGUUCUCAUUCGGCGGUCAGCGACGGUACGAUCUCUCAAGGUUCGCUCAGACCUUCUGCGAGCUUAAGCAGUCAAUCUCCAUCGUUGGUGGAAGGAUGGGAUGUAGCUGACGGCUCCGUGGCAUCAUCGACAAAUGCUGUCAAGUCUUUGGCGUCGAUGAGUUCUGCUCUCGCUUCAUCUUCGGGUUCGAUCGAGAGAGCUGAUGAUACCCUUGGUCAUGGAUCGGAAGCAACUGUUGAAGCGCACGCGGCCUCGGCCUCAUCUACCUCUGCGGGGUCUUCAUCUUCGGCCCCAGCUGUUCCUGAGUUCCUGGAGGUAAUACAAGACGACACGGAUUUCAGCAUCCUGAACGAAGCCAACAAUGAGGCCGCCGCAAGGUUACACAGAUCGCUGUCAGUUGGGCUGGACUACGUGAACACUCUGCGGAACGUUACGUUUCUGGCGCCCGUGAACAGUGCGUGGGACUUUCUGGAUCCGGCGAUGAAGGACUGUCUGAUGGCAGGGGACAAGCUGGUCGAUGUCGUCGUCAAAUCCCACACACUGAUUGGGAAACUCACUGCGGAGAUGAUAAGCAAUGUGCCUAGGGUUGAAAACCUCUACAGGUUUUGGCUGAAUGUCACAACGGAUGACAUCACGAACUUAACGUCGGUGAACAAUGUGGAAAUCAUACGUCCUGAUGUGUACAUGUUUCCUACGAAAGUCGUUCACGGCUUUUCACGGAUAAUGUUGCCGUCAAACUGGAAGUCGUUCUGUGUAGGCGACGCUGGUACGGGAUCAACUUCCGUGACGGCGCCUCCGCCAUCAUCGGAGUCUCCUCUCGCAUCGUCGCACUCGCCGCCGCCACCCUUGUCCUCGUCGGCAGCACCACCUUCUUCUUCUUCUCAAGAGGGUGUGCAAGAGAGCGAUGCAUCGACAUCUCCGUCUUUGUCUCCGUCCUUGCCUCUCUCUUCUCCGCCUUCAUCAUCGGCAUCCGUGAUUCCUCCACCGCCUUCUGUUCCGCCGGUCGAUCAGAAGUUCGUCGGUUUUAUCGAAAGUGAAACCUCUCUGUCCAACCUCACGCGUGGAAGCGAGGCUUCUGCCGCCGCCGCGGAGUCCCGGGCCCCGGUGCAUCCGGGAGCUCCGAAGUCCCCCAUUGAGAAACUCUCUCGCCUCAGGAACGUGACUUUCCUGGCGCCUUUAGACGAAGCAUGGCAUUUGCUCAAUCCGAACAUUACUGACUGUCUUACUGCCGGCCGCUACUUGCUUGACUGGAUUAUCCAGUCUCAGACGAUUAGAGGGAAAUACGCGGCAACUGCUUUCACUGCCGGGCAGGUCGUUUAUAACUUGUUCGGCGAUCCGCUACACGUUUCGAAGAUCGCGGAAAGCAACGGAAUUCUCAGAACGUUUGUUAACGGCCUGGAACUCGUUAAGGAGAACAUGUACCAGGGUAGCGACAGAGUGAUUCACGGUCUAUCGGGACUGAUCCUGCCGAAGAAGUGGCAGAAGUACUGUACUCCGACACCGCCAUCGCCAAGUACUCCGGGUAGUCAAGGCGGUGCGCAGACACCUCCGUUCUCCUCAUCGCCACCACCGCGUGAUGAGGAUGAGUCCGUCUCAGUGUGUUGCGCCCGCACCCCUCCGCAACCGGAUGAAGGUUACUCGACAGUGUGCGUGCUUCCUGCUCCCUUGUUUCCUCCCCGUCCUUCCUCUUCCUCUUCCGCACCCUCCAAGCCGUCGAUAAGCACUCCGAUGUCGUCAUCGUCGAAGUUGCCUGUUCCUGUCAGCUCCUCUCCCACUAUGAGAACGGAGGAUAAGGGUUCAUCCUCUACUCCAAGCGUUAGCGAAUCCGAGCCACCAGUCUCAGACAAAAGUCCCGAUAACUCGCCACCAAUUGAGGCCUCUGCUUCAGAACCCUGCGACGUCCGGCGAGGGCGGGGUUGCGUCCCCGGCGCGCAUACUGCGUCCAAUGGUUCGGUGCUAAUAACUUCUUCGCCGACAGAGGGCGGUGAAGAAGGUACUGAUAACGGUACUAUCGUGACGGGUACGAGCGGCGAUACUGGGGAAGUGGACGGUGCGGAGGACCAAGGUAACAACCGUAUGGCCACUUUUAAUGUCAUCAGCGGCUGCUCAUCCGUGACGCAGAUGAUUAGAACCGGCUGUGUGGCUAUUCCUGUGCUCACGAGUUUGUUAACCACUGUACUUGUCUUUUCGCUAUCAUUAUCGCUCUCCGAUUUUAUUUGGUGAACCGAUUUUGCCCGGAUCUCGCCUCACUUGUCCUGGAUGUUUGAGAGAGAGAGAGAGAGAGAGAGAGAGAGAGAGAGAGAGAGAGAGAGAGGGACGGACCACUUUGAAUGCUUUGUUUAAGUAGAGUAGUGGUACUUGUACAGUCCGAUUGCUAGUACAUUGAUCAAGUGAUUAGUUGCAGUCGCUCUCCUUUUUGAUUGCGGUCGCCCAAUGGGUUCACAUGUCUUUAGAGGGAAGGUUUUUACCGUUCACAACUUGCGCUGCUAGCUACUCUCGAGUCUCGACUCGUGCUCGGCGCAACCAUUUUGGCUUCCCGAGCUUGUUUGCUUUGCUUGUACAGGAAUUUGCAUCUUGUUUUUUUGGCCUUUUUGUUGUCCUUCUUGACCCACUGCCAUUGACUUGUUGAUUCUCUGCUGUGGGAGGACGGCGUUGUUUCCCCCCCCUCAACUGCUGUUCACGACACCGUGUCGUGCACAGGCACACGCAGUCACGAUUACGGUGGAGAAACGGUAUGCGUACGGCAGUGACUGCGCGCUCAUGGAUCGAGCGAGUGAUAAGCUUAUACUAUGUAGUGAAUAGACUGUUGCAAUCCAUGGUAUUCAGAAGGCCGUGGGCGGGAUUGCCUGAUGUCUUCAGUUGAAUCACAGAAGAGAGGAAUGCAUCAACGGUACAAGGAGGUAGUACAAGGGCUUAUCGGAUGCUAGUAUCGAGUGUUCAGCCGUGCACAAUAUAUUUUGCGGUUAGGCGUGUCUGUAUGUGGGAACCGUGCGUUGAGAUGGUUUACUCCCGAUGCGAGAUAGUGCUUCUUAGGGGACGACGGCGAAAAAAGUGCGACCUUGCCUUGAAAUGUGGGAGGAGAGUAGGUGGUCCUGGAAACGAAGUGGAAAAACUCUAGAGGGUAGAAAAUAGGGUGGCUUGCGGAAGCAGGUUAGAACUAUGCAAGUUGACGGGGAGUUCCAUCCGGGGGACCUUGGACUUCGCACCUUAUCAUCCGUUAUCUUUACAGUGCUGGGACAAGCCUCUUCCCGAGCUCUUAUCACAUGCCCUUGGUAAUUCCCACGGAAUUGUAAGCUGCAAAGGCUGAGGACCCUUGUGGGCAGCAGGGACUGGUGCACCGGUGCCAUCGCUUCGCCGAUGGCUGUUCCUUCCAGGAAGUGGAUUAUUCCCAGCGAAGAACGUCUGUCAUUCGCCAGAGUAUCGUUGUUUUUUGAGGGCACACCUUGGCUGUCAAAAGAUACUAUUGAGAUCAGUGGAAACCGCGGCCAGCGAUGAUGUUUUCCGUCAAUGGCGAAAGCUUGUCCGCCUUUGAAAGGUUGUGAUGACGAAGGAAUCACGGAUGAAUGGAUGUCGAAUGGAGAGGCGACACAAUGGUGGACGAAGCGAUGGCGACGUGGAUGUUGGACAGGGCGAUGCUGGGCAGGCAGUUGUGAAAGUUUUGGGGAUGCUGCCCGCAAGAGAAGGUUGUUCCAAUGGAGGUGUGUUGCGACAGAUAAUCCGAAGUUUAAAAUAAGAGGUCGGAGUGUGUGAUGGUCACCAGCCACCGGUAAAGCUGUGAUCUUUCCACGGAGGGAGCCCGCAGAGAGCUAGUGAGCGCGGAUAAUCAGACUCUUUCAGCAGCGACAUAUGCGGAAGAGGGCAAGCCGCCUUUUGAAGGCCAGCCUUGCGCAGAGAUGGAGCCUCAAAUUACAUUGACACGUAUGGUGGGAUUACCUGAGGAGGGGUGGGGAGGUUGAUCUCAAGCGAGGGCUUCGUGCUCGUGAGGGUUUACAGACGGUUAAAGUGAGGGCUUUGUGCUUGUUGGAAGCUUGAUCCGGCGACGGUCUUUUGGAGGUCGGGUUCGGGAAAAGGCUAUGUGCAUGAGAGGAUUACGGACAAUUCAAGAGUGAGGAGUAAGUAGAUCGGUUCGUCAUCGGCUACAAGGCAGGGAUGCGGGGAGAUCCUUGUAUUGUUCUGGGAGAGAGAGAGAGAGAGAGAGAGAGAGAGAGAGAGAGAGAGAGAGAGAGAGAGAGAGAGAGAGAGAGAGAGAGAGAGAGAGAGAGAGAGUAGUCUAGCAUACGACGUUUACUAACUGUGGGUUGUCUAUUACAUCUUUCGCGCGGAAGGAUGGUUGCUCGCACGGUGGCGCGAUUGGAACGUAAUCGCUGGCAAGGGUGCUGAGUGAAGAAUGGUCAUGAGGACCUUAUCUGGAGGUGAAGGCUGUACGAAGAGAUUGAUUGUAUUCUAUAGAUGAUCACGAUUGUGGGAUGAGGCGGUUGAUGAGCGGAAUUGUAUUUUGCGCGAAACGUGCUACUACGUAACCCGAACGGCUGUGCGGCGGAGGUUAGGACGAGUGGUCUGUCUACACACGGGCCUGAAAAGAUGGUAUUUUUAGGCGUCCUUCGAGAGAUCGGCAACGUAAUAGGCAGCGGGUAAAAGCGUCGUUUUGAUAGUUUGGUCGGCAAUUGAGAUGUGUGCAAAGCGAUGCAGUGAUUCGUGAAUUGAUUGAGGGAGGAUUCGGUGGCGGUUGAUGGGAAUCCCGAAUCAUGGUGGUAUCGCCGUAAUCAACCUGUUGGAGCUCCGGUCCUGUAGAGUAGGUAAAUUGCGUUCCUCUUUAGUUCCGUCGGAACUUGGCCACUGCUUGGAUUUGAAUCUAGCGGACCGCGUUGGCCUCAAGUUGAAUAGGUCGUGCUGCUACUUUUCACCUGUGUCGUUUGGAAGGGAAAGCGGCUUCCGUGUUGCUUGCUCCGUUUUUAUUUUAAAACCUGAUUGUGCUCUGCUAUGUGGUUGCCGCUCUAUACGCUACUGUCU